UUGAAAUCUUUAUGGCAACAUUCUAUUGUUUGUAAUGUGAAUGUGUUGUUAGCCGAAAAAGUUUAUUUAUAGUUAGAUAUUAAAAGUAUUUAAAUUUUGGCUGUAUUUCUAUGAUUCUUGAAAUGUAAUGGCGACGACAGAAAUAGACUUCGCCUUUAGGGAUCCUUCAAUUUUACUUCUUACUGCUUCCGUGAAUGUCAUUAAUAAAUAUGACGUUCUACAGCUGAUCCGUUCUGUUACGAGAAGACAACAAGCUCUUUUGUCUCAUGAAGAUGAACAUGAAAACUUCUUUGCAUCAUUUGCAGCUCUGUCUGCUCAUUAUAUAACUUCAAAUUCCUGUCAUAUUCCAAAAAGUCAAAUAAAUACUGCUGCACAAGCAUGUAAGGUAUUGCUACAAUAUUUUUUGUAUAAACUGAAGCACUGCACAGAACAAUGUUGCAUAUCUCAGAAACAAAUAAUUUCUAUGAUCCAUGGUCUCUGCCAGAAUUCUAAUUCUCAAGUAUUACUGCGUUCCGAGAUUCCUCCAUUGGUUCAUAUUCUCAAAACUGCAAAAGAUCCACCAUCCUUUGCUCUUAGAAGCAAUGACUUACAAGAUGGGCAAGAUACCACCAAAGAACCCAAAAGACCAAGGCUUGAUCCUAGUGCAGCAAUUUUGGAACAGCUUAUGACCCCAGUUCUCGAUUCUCAAAGUACACACAAAUCAGAAGGCCCUGUGGAAGUAGUUGAUAAAGAUGGAGAUACUACAAUCAUACAUAUACCUGAUCCAGGUCAAGAAUCAAAGAUACUACUUUUGGCCAAAAAUAAGUUAGCCCUACAAGUUUUAAGUGGAGUAGAUGACCUGUUGGACACCUGCUUACUACUUCCUGCUAUAAAUCAGUAUACAAUAAAGCUGCAGGAUUCAUUGGCUGGAAAAGGCUUACUUCUACCAUCCUGCACGGCUGGUGCUGUUCGUAUAAGCAAUUCUUACAAGGCUUUAGCAAGUGACAUUCAAAGCAUCAAUAAAGCACUUAAUUUGCCUGUUUUAGAACCAUUAAGCAAUCAAAGAAUUGCAAAAAUAAUGAAAAUUACAUUGAGUUGUCUUUAUGCUUCCAUAAGUGUGGCAACUUCCAAUAGUAUAUUGGGACUGUCUAGCAACCCACAAAUGAAAGGGUCGACUUCUAAAGAUGAUGAAAAUGAGAUUUCUGCUACCUCUAUAGUGGAAACCACUUUAGAAAUAUAUAAUAUCAUUGCUGGGGUAAUUAAUAAUUCAACUCGUGCAGGUGGACAUAUUUUGCAGAAUCUGCAUAUGAUUGGAUGCUGGAUUAUAUUAGGUGGUUUGCAAUACAUCUUAAACUUAAAUCCCUCACAGCUUGGAGAAAGGACCAAAGAAAUUUCCUCUAGAGGCAAAGUCACUCCUGACCAAACACCAUCUAAGGCUAAAGAAUCUCAACCCACUCCAAAACCCAUCAUUUUAAAAAUACAACAAGGCUGUGGCGUAUUAUCUGUUGCUCUUGCAACACAUGCUAUUUCUCUGAUGUCUGAACUUUUGGAUGACUUAAAAGUUGAAGUAGGCUCUGAACUCAUUGAAAGUAUGGGAAAUACACUAUCAUCAGCUCAGGGAGCAUUUAUAGUGCCUGAUAUAACUGAAACAUUUACAGCUUGGCAACGAGUUCAAAAAAUUACUUCAACAAUUAACUUGACAAACUUGCUUUUCAGUCUUGCUUCUGUGAGUUACCGUAAGGCAUGUAUGUUAAAAAGAAUUCAAAAAAAUCCAGUUGAUGGAGAUAAUUUCAGUACUUCAGAUUCAAAUACAUAUUAUGAAGAUGAUUUUAGCUCCUCAGAAGAUAGCAGUGUUGACACAGAUGAUGACAGUGAACCUAUUCUUGGACAGUGGUUUGAGGAGACUUUAGCUCCACCUGAGCCUCCAAAUGCUGCCCCUGCACCUGCAGCAAAUAGUAAUGAAUCUGAUGCUUCAAAUGCUAAAGCUCAACAACCUCAGCAAGUAACUGCUGAAAACUCUUCUCUAAUACCUGAUAAAGGAGAACCCAAUGGGUAUAUCAGUUUAGCUGCGAAAAUAUUCUCUUUCAUGAACAACUUCUUGGUGAACUUUGAUAAUCAAUGCAUUAAAACAUUUUUAAAGUACAAUCUAAGUGAAUCUCAAAUGAUCGUGUUGGCUGGCAUAAUCAAAGACUUAGAUAGAGAAACUUCUAGAAUAGAUAGUGUUUNCAUUCACAACAUUUUAGCAACUAACAUUCUGAUUGAUAAUUUACAGAAUUGUCUCUUAGCUCAACUUGGAGUAAGCCCUUGGCAUCAAGAAACAUGGCCAUUACAGGUUUUCUCACGUACUUUGUCUGUGCUAGCUCAGACUUUAUUACUUCGACAACAAAGAGAAAAAGAUGAACUUCGGAGUGAUAGUGAAGCAUCUUGUGUUUUAAUCUGGUUGAAAUUGUUAAAUACCAUGAAAAGGAUAAUUUUAACUCCUGCAGCUACUUUUACUUCAAUUGAAGAUACUGAAGACAUAAAUGUGGAACAUUCUCAACUACUUUUGUUCUUAUUUCACAAUCUACAUCUUAUGCAAAAGAAAAGUGUUUUGUUAAAGAUGGCACAAACUCUCAUGGAGAUUUCUUCUUCAGUUAUGAGUCCCCUACGAGAUUUCCAAUUGUUGUAUCUUGGCAGAAUGUUAUUAAUAUUUGAAUACAUGAUGAGAAAUUUAUAUGAUGCACCACCAUCUUUACUGGAACAGAUUCAAAAAAAUCUUUUUAGUUUUCAAACAAUAAGUGUAGCCACUGAAAAAGACAAUACUAAAAAGCAAACUAAAAUGUUUUUCGCAUGCAAAGAUAUUGAAGAAAACUAUGUUAAAAAUUUGCCACAUGAUGAAACCCAAGGCUCAGUUUCAAAACCCAAAUUCUUCAAUCUGAUGUCUGUUGAAUUUAGUAAUCAAGAAGUUCCCAAGUUGGAUGGAUUUGCUUUGAGUUUUAUUCUUAGCAGUGGAGAUAUUCUAAAGUAUCCAAGUUUCUACUAUUCUAUUCAAAAUCUUGUUUAUAUUGCCUCUCAGUGUGACAUGAUUAAUCGAGCAACUGCUGAAAAUUUAUCAUUUCUUGGUCUAUGUGCUGUUCAGUAUUCAAUGAGCAUCGCUUGGAGAUUACUUCUAUGCCUACCUCCUUCUGUACAGUCUCUUGAAUCUAUUUCUACAGGAUCUUCAUCUCUCAAUGAUGCUAAUGAUGCAGAAUGUCUUCAUGCUAUUCUUUGGUCCUCAAGAGCAGGUCACAAAGUAUUUUCUGGUUGGAUGAAGGAUACUCUAGUGAAGCAAGGCCUUACUACUCAAAAAGCUGAAUCUCUUCUGCGAUCUGUUACAAAGAGUGCCUGUACUGUCAAAUUUGACAUCAAAGUAGCUAAACGACUUUUAAUAAAGCUGCAACAACUCAAAACCAAAUCUUCUGAAGAAUCGAGUAAAGAAAAAUCAUCUGUAGCUCAGAAAACGUCUAUGUAUGAAGAAUUCAGUAAAGAGCAGUCCCCGCGCUUGUUUGAUUUAUUUCUGAUUGAAUGUGCAGUUGCUAAAGUUCAAGUUGCUCUUGAUGAAUAUUUCUCUCGACCAUUGAGUGAAGGGGCUAAUACUGAAGCAAAAGAACUUGCUGAAGAAAUGCUUCCCAUAAUCUUGCAGUCUAUAGAAAUUUUAUCUUCAUGUAUCAGAUGGAAUUUACUUCAUCAGUUUGCAGAAAUGUCGACUAAUGCUGCACAGUCUACACCCCCUCUAAAUGAGAAAACAUUACAAGCUUAUAAUAUUGUGCUCAGGAUGGCAUCUAGUGGUGUUUCUAAAGUUUCAACGUUCACCUCUGCUAUUGCAGACUUUUUGCCCCCCUUACUGAGAAGUGUUUUGGGACAUUGGAAUGCCUACACAAUAACUACAACUGCUUGGAGGAAUGAUUUCGCAAAUGACAUAAUUCCCUCUGAAAGUUAUAUCAUUUCCAUUCAGCAAGCUCAUAUAAAUUGUCUUUCAAGUCAACCAAAGUUUUCAACAAGUCCCAAUUUAAAAAGAGUUUUACAUACUCUUGUUAGAUUUGCUGGGGAUUUAAUAAUAUGGUGUCCAGAAAAUAAUAGCUCAAAAGAAAUGAUUCGUGUGAUGUUACCAUUACUCCUUGAUGCCACAACCGAAUCUUUAGGAGAUUAUACAACACUAGCUCUGGAAAGAUUGAUUGGUGCCCCAGAUAGUGAUGAAUAUCUAUCUUACAAUUAUUUAGAAGUUUUAACUCAAAGUUAUUAUCUGCUUAUUAAUCAUUCAAAUAAGGAAAGUGAUGUUGAUGAAAGAAUUUUGCAUGAAUGCCUUAAAUUCAUGGAAGGUUUAUUGGAUAAAACAGCUGGUAAAAAAGCAAUGGAAUCUUUCUUUACUGAAGAUAGUGAUAAUGAUAUGGUGAAUAUACUUCUAUCUGCAGCCAAUAGCAACUUGAGCUCAGUUUAUGGAACCAGAGUUCUGAAGUUUUUCAGCAAGUUGUUUCAACAAAAAGAAAAAAAUCCUGGUGAUAAAACAUUGGAGAAGCUAUGUAACUCUCUCUGUAAAAUGAGUAAAUUAGGAAAAGUUGAUAGUGCAACUCUGCAGCAGUGGCUUAGUAAAGUGAUUUUUGGAGCUCCUAGCCAGCAAGUAGAAGAGGGCAGUACUGUUCAAGAAAACAGGCUACUUUUACAAAGUCUAACAUCAUAUAUUGUCAAACAAAAUAGUGCUGUUGGAGAAAAAGUUGCCAACACUUUCUUGUCUGCAAUGAUUCCAAUGGGCUCACAAAUCUUGUCUCCAGCUUCAGAGGGUAUUGGAUUUUCAGAAUUAAUGGUUAUCAUGGCCAUAUUAUCUGGAGCUGGCUCUGGUACAGGGCAUGUACAGCUCUUCAAAGCUGCUCCAACUUGGCUUGAAUUAUGUAAAAAGUACUUGGCACAAAAGGAUGUUUUAGAAAAAUUGGAACAGAAUGUUUCUGGAGGAAAACACCAAAUAAUGAUGGAAUCAUGUUGUUAUUUGCUGUCUUACAUGGCUGACAUUGUUGGAGCAUUACGAAAUCAGAGUGAUAAGGUCACUGGCAUUAGCAGAACAGGAACUGCAUCACCUCCUUGCGAUGGUGAACUGCAUCAUCCAGAAAUCGAUUCAGACUGGGCUGAAGAUAUUGGUCCUGAUGAUGAGGAAUCGGGAGGAGAAGACUCUGAUGAAGAUUCUUUAUGUAACAAAUUAUGUACAUUUACAAUAACUCAAAAGGAAUUUAUGAAUCAACAUUGGUACCAUUGUCAUACAUGCAAGAUGAUUGAUGGCGUUGGAGUUUGCACAAUAUGUGCUAAAGUGUGCCACAAGGACCAUGAUGUGACUUAUGCAAAAUUUGGAUCGUUCUUCUGCGACUGUGGUGCUAAAGAAGAUGGUAGUUGCCAGGCCCUUGUCAAACGCAGUCCUAAAGUGACUGCAGAGAGCGGAAGCUCUGCACAAUCUGCACCUGGAUUUUCUUUUGGAACUGACUCUAUAUUGCCAAGCUCAUUACGCAGACGACCUUCCUCACCUACUAAUGCCAACUCGGGUACUUCCACUGGUGAUCCUUCUCGCAGUUCUGGAGAAGGCAAAAAGAGUGGUGAUGAUACACAGAAGCACAGACAAAAUCUUGUAAAGCAAUUGGAGGCCUCCCGAGAAACACUUCUGAAUUACUUGUUCUCUACCAAUAUCUCGGCCACAGUUUUGGAACUUCUGCAAUAUUUGAUGCCAGCUAUAAGUCAAUCCUGUCAACGAAAUUCACCUAUAGGAAGUUCAAUUAGAGCACAAAAUGCAUUAUUAGAGCUUCAUUCUCAAGACAAAGUUUUUGAACAGUCAGAUCAGUUAAUGGUGCCAACUCUUGGCUCACAAGAAGGAGCUUUUGAGAAUGUUAGGAUGAAUUAUUCAGGGGAACAAGGACAGACUAUCCGACAGCUUAUCAGCAGUCAUAUGAUUAGAAGGGUUGCUAUGUGUUGUUUAGCCUCACCUCAGGGAAAACGACAGCACCUUGCUGUUAGUCAUGAGAAAGGAAAGAUCACACUUCUUCAGCUGUCAGCCCUACUAAAACAAGCUGAUUCAAGUAAACGGAAGCUGACUUUAACUCGUUUGGCAUCAGCGCCUGUUCCAUUUGUUGUUCUGUCAAUAACUGGCAACCCAUACAAUGAAGAUUUUCUAGCUGUUUGUGGAUUAAAAGAUUGCCACAUUCUCACAUUUAGUGGCACUGGCUCUGUAUCUGAUCAUUUAGUUUUGCAUCCUCAACUAGAAUCAGGCAACUAUAUCAUUAAGGCUAUGUGGUUACCUGGCUCACAAACUGAAUUGGCUCUUGUAACAGCAGAUAUGGUGAAAAUUUAUGAUUUGUCCCAAGAUGCUCUCAGUCCUCAAUUUUUCUUUCUUCUUCCCAGUGAAAAAAUAAGAGAUUGCUGCUUUAUUUUUUCGGACGACGGACAGCGGCAUUUGAUUCUUAUGUCAUCAGCUGGUCAUAUUUAUUAUCAGCCAAUGGUUGAAGAGAGUUGUGCCAAGCAUGGACCAUUUUAUGUCACAAAUAUUUUAGAAACCAAGCAUCCUGAAUUAAAGGAUUCAAAUGGAAUGGUUGGUGGUGGUGGAGUUUCUAUUUAUUACUCUCACACUCUUCAGCUGCUAUUCUUCAGUUAUGCUCAAGGAAAAAGCUUUAUUGCACCUUUAUCAAGAAUAUCAUCACAGCUUUCUCAAAUGUUCCUGAUCCAAAUGAAAAAUAACAGUGCUAAUGGCAAUAACAGCGGUAAUAGCAGUAAACCAACACCUCAACCUCUUUGUCAAUGGUCUGAAGUUGCUAAUCAUCCUGGUUUGAUAUUAGCUCAAAUUCAAGCAUCAAACAACCCUGUGAUUUUAAUGGUAAAACCUGAUACUGUGCUAGUUCAGGAAAUUAAGUUCUUAACUGCUAAGUCCAAAAUUACUGACAUGGUUGCGAUCAGGCAUGUCAUUACAUGUGGAGAACUAAGAACAACUUUGAUCCUAUUGUGUGAGGAUGGUAGCCUUCGUAUUUACAUGGCAAAUCAAGAUCAGACAAAUUACUGGUUAACACCCGCCUUUCAGCCUGUGUCUAAUACCAGCAAUAAACCUUCAAAGAAAAAGAAAGCUGCUAAAAGUGGUAGACCAGUUGGAAGUGUUUCUUUCCCUGUUGAUUUCUUUGAACAUUGUACAGCAAUGAAUGAUAUAGAGUUUGGUGGAAAUGAUGUUUUACAAGUUUACAAUACACAACAAAUUAAGCAUAGAUUAAAUACAACUGGUUUGUAUAUUGCUAGCACUAAACCUGCUGGAUUUACUAUUGAGGUGAACAAUGCAGAUAACUCAAUGGUAAUGGUAGGUUGCAGAGUUUUAGUUGGUAAUCAGGAUGUUCAAAGAGCUCCAUCUUAUAUUGAAAUUUUUGGACGAAGUGUUCAAGUUAAUCUCAGCAGAAAUCGAUGGUAUGAUUUCCCAUUUUCUAGAGAGGAAUCUCUCACUGCUGAUAAAAAAAUUACAAUAUUUUUCGGUGCUAGUGCUGAUCCAUCAGGUGUUACUAUGGUUGAUUCUAUUAAAAUAUUUGGCAAAACGAAAGAAACUUUUGGAUGGCCAGAAGAUAAUGAUGAUUUCCCUUCUCAACCAGCAUCAGGCACUGCAGGAGGAACAGGAACUGAAUCUGGUGUAGAAGGAGUGGAUGGUGUGACUGCAACUCCAUUACCUCUUACUUCUCUAGACAGAUUAGUAAGCAGCAGCUUAGAAUUAUUAGAUGGCUGCUUUUCUUCAGGGCUAAAUAUUGAAGAAAAAUCUGGACUAAAAAGUUCAGCAAUUGAUUUAGCUACCACAAUGUUAACCCUACCAAUGCCUUCACUAGUCCAUGAACAUGUAAAAACUCUUCUAGCUACUCUGCAUAGCAAUCGUAAUUCUUAUUGCUCUCACAAAGAUGAUGCUUUAUUAAGCUAUGUUGUGCAGUGCUUGAAUGCAAGUCAAGAAGGGAAACCUACCGAUGAGUUAGAUGGGGAAGCUCUUUAUCGUUUAAUUGCUAUUACAAGAAGUGUUGCUGUAGCUAGACCUUCUAAUUUAGUUCGUUUUGCUGAAACUAAUGAUAGCAUUUCUACUCUUGAAUCAUCAUCAAUAGAUUUAGAUCAUGGGUCAAAAUUAAAUCAAAGCAAUGAAGAAACUAGUACAACAUCUCAAUUUGAAAAACAGCAAUCUGGCAACCUUGAAAGUCCUCAAAAAACUGAUAUAUCUGGAUCUGCUCAUUUCAUGAUACAGCUGACUGAUGCAUUUUGGCAUCUGCAUGCUAUGCAACCUAGUAAUCCAGCAAUUGCACCAGUAUCAUUUAGAGGACUUGUUCAUGUUGAGGCUACAGUUCAUGCUCUUGUUGAAGUUAUCCAUGCUUUCACUGCAUGUGAUCUUGAACAUGUUUCGCUUGCAACAAAACUGUAUGUAAAAUUGCUCCUUUGUGAAGAUACUCUUGUCAGUUUUGCAGCUAAACAAGCUCUAAUUCGUGUAUUAAGACCUAGAGUACGCCGAAGAAAAGUUUUUAUUCCAUCUCCACCACGCUGUAGCACUCCUGGUGAAGUUCAUGAAACAGAACCAAAUGAGUCUAGAAGUCAUCCACAACCUCAAGCUCCAUCUCAGUCAAUACCUAGCUCAUCAAACCAAGCUCAGGCUCAAGUUCCUCAGCAACCGGAUAUCCAUGAUUUCCAACAAGAAUUAGAGCAGUUUGAAAUAGUUGAUGGUUUAGACCCCUUAGUUCUUUUACCUCCAGACGGAGCAGGAGGUGGUGUUCCCGCUCUUGAAGCAUUGAUUGGACAAGGUGGUUUUCCAAUGCUAGAUAUACCUCCAGAUGAUGAUGAUGAAACAAUGGUUGAACUUGCCAUAGCUUUAAGCCUCCAAGACCAACCUGAAGAUCAGCCUGGUGGUUUAAAUCUGCAGGCAUUAUCUCUUGCUGCUCAAGGAUCCCAUCAUGCAUCAUCUAUUGAAGGUGGACAUUAUUCUGACACUACAGCAUCUGCUGGAGCUAGUGAUGAUGAAGGAAGCACUGCAGCCACCGACGGGUCAACGCUGCGCACAUCUCCUGCUGAACAAGGAGGCAGUGCUGGGUCUGAAAGUGGCGGCAGUGGAGUAGAAUCAAUUAUGGGUGAACAUAAUGUUAGUGGACGUAGCAGUGCUUAUGGAGAUAAUGUCCCCGAAAGUAUUACUACUGGGGCUCGAUCUGAAACCAGUUCUGUAGGGUUACCAAGUUCGACUAUGCCACAAGGCGAAGAAGGGCUCGAAAUGGACACUGACGUUGAUACCAGCUUCCGUUUACAUACUUUACGUUUGAUUCUGUUAGAAAAAAUGCUGCAGUACUUUCCUCAACUCUCAGAAGUUGGAGGAGUCAGAGCUAUACCUUUUAUGCAAGUAAUUUUGAUGUUAACAUCAGAUCUUGUUGGAGAUGAAGAAAAAGAUUGUGCUGCUUUGGCCAAACUCUUACCAGCUCUCAUUUCUGCUCUUGACAUGAAUAAUAAAGAUAUUUCUAAAAUAUCUGAAAGAACAUCUGCUAGAGAAGUUAAUUUAAUUGUUAUGAGAUUACUUAGUAUUAUGAUGUCCAGACUUAAAGGCUCAUUAAAGUUGGCUGGAGAAUCAUCUACAUUUUGUAGUAGUGCUACAGCUUUAGCCUUGGUUUCAGCUAAUGCCAUUGAUUAUUGCUUGCAAGUAUUAAAAGUUUUAUUAGAUUAUUGGAAAGGUGUGCAAACAGAAGACAAGUCUUCCAGUAUCACAGGAAACUUACUAAAAUCCCAUCCACUUUCUCCUCCUCCUGAUAUGUCACCUUUUUUCUUAAAGCAGUAUGUAAAAGGUCAUGCCAAUGAUGUUUUUGAAGCAUAUCCUCAAUUGUUAACUGAAAUGGUAUUACGACUUCCUUACCAAAUUAAGAAAAUUCUCAAUUCUAUACCUGGAUCUCAAUCUGUUGUUUUCUCACAGUCUUGGUUCCUUUAUUUAUGUGAAUAUAUGAUGAUGCAACAGACUCCCUUUGUACGUCGUCAAGUUAGAAAACUUUUGCUAUUUAUUUGUGGAUCUAAAGAUAAAUAUCGCCAGUUACGUGAUUUCCAUGCUUUGGAAUCUCACAUGAAAGAUGUGAAACUUAUUUGCAAUCAAGGGGGAUACAUUGAUUUUGCUCAAAAUAAUACCCUGCUGAAUCUUUCUUAUGAUUCUUUAAUUAACAUGAUUGAACAUUUGAAAGCUUGUAGUGACAUUGCUACAUCCAGAACCAUUAAUUGGCAAAAGUUCUGUCGAGAAGAUGAAACUAUUCUCCCUUUUCUCAUUCAUGUUAGUUUCUUGCUGGAUGAAGGGGUAUCCCCUAUUAUUUUGCAGCUGUUACAGUGUGCAUUAUGUGGAGCUAAAGCAAUGCAGCAACAACAACUACCAAGCAGCUCUUCUCAGGGAGCAACUUCACCAUCAAAACAGCGAAAAGAAAAAGAGAAGACUGAAACAGAAGAAACUAGCGAUUCAUCUAAAUGUGACAUUGCUCAGUGUGUUGCUCUUGCAGCCCAAGUGAAUAAAUUUGUUGAAAAAAAUCUUCUAAGUAAUUUCAUCUGUGCAUUUCUGCUGGAAUCCAAUGCUACAUCAGUUAGAUGGCAAGCUCAUGCAUUGAUAUUUCAUUUGCAUAAAAAUUCAAGCCCUUCCCAACAAGAAGUCUUGCUGGAUUUAAUGUGGAAAUUAUGGCCUAAAUUACCAGCAUUUGGCCGACGAGCAGCACAGUUUGUUGAUCUUUUAGGAUAUUUUACUCUCAACAUGCCUCAACAAGAUAAAGACAAAGAAAAAGAAUACAUUGAAAAAGGCUUGGAUAUCUUGCAUUUGCAAAAUCAGCUUCUAAUGAAUCAUCCCAAUUCUAAUAUCUACAACUCUCUUCAAGGUUUAGUUGAAUUUGAUGGUUAUUAUUUAGAAAGUGAACCCUGUCUAGUUUGUAAUAAUCCUGAAGUGCCCUAUACUAAUAUUAAACUAUCUGCUAUUAAAGUAGAUUCGCGGUUCACCACAACAACUCAGAUUGUUAAAUUAAUAGGAAGUCAUACAAUUUCAAAAAUCACUCUGCGUAUUGGAGACUUAAAAAGAAAUAAAAUGGUUCACACUUUAAACAUUUAUUACAAUAACCGUUCAGUGCAGUCUGUCGUAGAAUUAAAAAACAGGCCAUCCAUUUGGAAUAAAGCUAAAAAAUGCACUUUGGCUGCUGGGCAAACUGAAUUGAAAAUAGAAUUUCCUCUUCCCAUUGUAGCUUGUAAUUUGAUGAUUGAAUAUGCUGAUUUUUAUGAAAACAUACAAGCCUCAUCGGAGACACUCCAAUGUCCAAGGUGCAGUGCUUCUGUUCCUGCCAAUCCUGGCGUUUGUGCAAAUUGUGGUGAAAAUGUGUUCCAGUGCCACAAAUGCAGAGCAAUUAACUAUGACGAAAAAGAUCCUUUCCUUUGCAACUCUUGUGGUUUCUGUAAGUAUGCCAAGUUUGACUACACUAUUACGGCCAAACCUUGUUGUGCUGUUGAUCCGAUCGAGAGUGAAGAAGAUCGCAAGAAAGCUAUAAGCACAAUAAAUAGCUUAUUGGAAAAAGCUGAUAGAGUAUAUAAACAGUUAAUUGCAAACAAACCAGCGCUAGAGUUACUUUUAUUACGAAUAUAUGAACAUGCUGUAAUUGAAAAACCUCCUGAUGAAAAUUCUAGCUCAAGUACUUCAGCAUCAGUCUCCUCAUCUAAUGUUAAUCGUGCAAUUCAGCAACUUGCUCAACGUUAUUGUGCAGAUUGUAAAGCUUCAUUUGAUGAACUUAGCAAGAUUGUUCAAAAGGUCCUUGCAUCUCGAAAAGAACUAGUAGACUAUGAAAGGCGCCAACGUGAAAGUCGAGCAAAAUUAGCAUCCCAGAUAUCUGUCACGCAAGAAAGUUUGCUUCAGAAACGACAAACGCCCGAUGAUUCUCGGGGUCCUACUUUUGCUGUAAAUGCUCCUGGUAAAUGUUACGGGUGUGCCAGUUCUGCAGUGGAACAUUGCGUAACUCUUCUAAGAGCAUUGUCAACAAAUAGUCGUUACAGAAUGAUCUUAUGCAGCCAAGGUUUGAUACGAGAACUUGUGGCUUACAACUUACGCCAUGGCAGUGUUCGUGUUAGACACGAAGUGCGGCAAUUACUGUGCUCCCUCACCAGAGAUAACACUCGAGCCACGUCUGAUCUCAACUCGUUGCUCAUGGAGAAGAUAGCUACUGCUCUUACUGGACAAGUUACAACUCCAGACUUAGCUGCAGCAGUCAGGCAUGAAGUGGCAUUGUUAGCAAGUAGCUUACAAAAACUGGAUUCCUGUUGGGAGCAGAGAUUAAGGUGUGUUAUGAAACUUUUCUUGAUGGGUGUGAAUGCAAAAAGCUCUGUUGUUAUGGAAAGUAUAACACUGCCUUGCCUCAGAAUUCUUCAAGUUCUUAUUAAACCUGAGCCAUUUUUGAGUAAAAAGAGCAAAGACAAGACUAUUGACUCUUUAGCGACAGUCAGUGUUGCAGCUGGAAUGAAAGUCGGGGUUGAUCUGAAGGGUUGGUUAACUGGAGAUCCAAAGCAAUCUUUUAAAUCCUGGAAACAACAAAUGCCUGUCAAAGCAACAGACCAAAACAUACCCAAUGUCUCCAAAAUGAAGAAAGAAGAAAUUCAUCAGCUUUACUUAAUGGAGAAGUAUGGUAUUAGAUGGCGAGAAAAGACAAGGCGCUAUAUGAUGCAGUUGAAAUUGCUUCAAUCUAGUUGGCUACGCCGUGUUAUGUUCAAUCCUUCUUCACAAGCGGCAAGGACUAUGGCUUGUAACGUAGUUGAAGCUUUGUGCCAGAUACCAAGUCGUCGUAGAGAUGUUCUUGACAUGUUGACAUCUUACCUAGAUGACUUAGGAUCUGCUGGUGAAAGUGCCGCAGAGUUCCUAACUCUCUAUAAAAAUCUAAUCAACCCUGCUCCUUGGAAGCAUUACUUAGCUCUGAAAGGUCUCUUACCUCAUAUUGGAAAUUUAAUAACUCAUGAAAUUGAACAUCUAAGUUUCUUGGAGGAAACAACUCUGAAUUCUGAUCUUUCACAAGGAUAUGCCCUGAAAAUGUUAACUGAGCUUCUAGAAUCUUUCAUCGAAGUUGGCCCAAUAAGACAACAUUACAAGUCUCGCCUUGUUGGAUGUGUACUUAAUGGUUAUUUAUCUCUUAGAAAACUUGUUGUACAAAGAACAAAACUCAUUGAUGAAACUCAGGAAAAACUGUUAGAACUUUUAGAAGAAAUGACAACUGGUACUGAAUCUGAAACAAUGUCUUUUAUGGCUGUCUGUGUGGAAACUGUAAAGAAAUAUGGACUGGACGAUUUGCGUACACCAGUGUUUAUAUUUGAGCGACUUUGCUCCGUCAUCUUUCCUGAAGAAAGUGAUUCUGGCGAAUUUUACAUCACAUUAGAAAAGGAUCCACAGCAAGAAGACUUUCUUCAAGGUCGAAUGCUGGGUAAUCCUUACAGCUUUAAUGAACCUGGAAUGGGUCCUCUUAUGCGAGACAUUAAGAAUAAGAUCUGUCAGGAUUGUGAACUUGUAGCCCUUCUGGAAGAUGAUAGUGGAAUGGAGCUUUUAGUUAAUAACAAGAUUAUCAAUUUAGAUUUACCCGUAAAAGAAGUGUACAAGAAGGUAUGGUGUAUGGAUAGCAAUGAAUCCGAAGCUAUGAGAGUUGUCUAUCGGAUGAGAGGUCUUCUUGGUGAUGCUACUGAAGAGUUCAUUGAAAACUUGGAUACAAAAGAUAACGAAGAAGUUGACAAUGAGGAAGUAUAUAAAAUGGCUAAUGUUAUGAGCCAAUGUGGUGGCUUAGAAGUUAUGCUGGAGCGAUUAUCCACUAUUACUGAACUGUCCCGUGGUAGAUCUCUUCUAACUGUUCUGCUCAAAUUAUUUGGAUUUUGUAUAAAGGUAAGAAAUAAUCGUCAAAAAUUGGUAGAGCCAGAAAUGGGUGCAAUUAGAAUCAUGCUUGGUGUCUUGAGACUUGCCCUUUCUGCUGAUUCACCAGAACUGCUACAAGCUCCUACAGGUGGUCCGACAAUUAUUGAACAAUUACUAUUGAUAAUGGAAACUAUUCUAGCUGAAGCCGCUAGUAAAAACAGUGCUGAUUAUAUGGAAUUUGCUAAGAGCUGUGGGGAGAAAGAGGAUAUUACCUCGCUGUUAUCCUCUGUUAACAACGUCAUUAUGAAAAAUUUCUCCACUCUGUUGCCAUUGCUUAUGCGAGUGGUACCGUUCCUUACAUUUGGAUCUCAGGAAAAAAUGGAGACCUUAAUUGAGCACUUUAAACCUUACUUAAACUUCAAUGAAUUUGACUACGAACACACAACUGAUGAUGAUUUACAAUUAGAAUGUUUCUGUAUGUUGACUGCAGGAAUUGAGUGCAAUGUUAAUGGAAAUCAAUUGAAAGAUUUGCUUGUGGAAAAACAUAUUGUACAAGAUGCUCUUGAAUAUAUUACAGCUCAUGCACCUCCUAUCAAGAGUGCCUUGCUGGGUGCAUCUGAUGAAUGGAAAGAAUUUACAUCAAAACCUGCUUUAAAAUAUGUUCUCAAGUUGUUAACUGGUCUCAGCCAAGAUCAUGAAAAAACACAACAUUUAGUUAGUGCUGAGUGCAUUCCUAUUAUUCAUAGGUUGGAACAAGUAUCUAGUGAUGAAAGAGUUGGUUCUUUAGCUGAAAACCUUAUGGAAGCCAUCAAAAAGAACCCAAGUGUUGCCCAGAAAAUUGAAGAAGUGCGUAAACUAACAAAGGAUGAAAAGAAAAGACUAGCCAUGGCAAUGAGAGAAAAGCAAUUAGGUGCAUUAGGAAUGAGUACUAAUGAGAAAGGACAGGUCACUGCUAAAAGUUCUCUUCUUAAAAAUGUGGAAGAACUUGGUGAAGAAUCUGGUUUAGUGUGUAUUAUCUGUCGUGAAGGCUAUAAGUUUCAACCUACCAAAGUUCUUGGCAUUUAUACUUUUACCAAGCGCUGCAAUGCCGAAGAUUUUGAAAAUCGCCCUAGAAAAACACCUGGUUACUGUACUGUUACUCAUUUUAAUGUUGUUCAUGUGGACUGCCAUAUGGCAGCUGUCAGGCAUGCAAGAGGUCGAGAUGAAUGGGAAAGUGCAGCUCUGCAAAAUGCUAAUACUAAAUGUAAUGGGCUUCUUCCACUGUGGGGUCCUCAAGUUCCUGAAUCUGCUUUUGCCAGUUGUCUUGCCAGGCAUAACACAUACCUUCAAGAGUGUACUGGUCACAGAGAUGUUGGAUAUGCUUCUACAGUCCAUGAUCUAAAACUCUUACUUCAGAAAUUCGCCUUUGAAAAAUCUUUCAGUGAAGACAGCGGUGGAGGUGGACCUCAAAGCAAUAUGCAUCUUAUUCCAUAUCUUAUACACAUGACUCUCUAUGUUAUUAAUACAACUAGAUUUGUAAACAGCGAAGAAAAGAAUAUUGUUAAUUUUCUGGAGAUGCAGAAAAGCAAAUUGGUGGAAAAUUGUUUUGAGUUGGAAGGUCCUUUGUAUUGGAUGAUUAUGUGUGUUAUCGUGUUUCCACCUAGCAAAUGGCAGAAAUUAAAAAUCAACUUCCUAAAAAGAAUUGUUAUCCUUGCUCAAGCAAGGCAUGUGAGUCCUCAAGGAUGCGUCAAUUUGAAUGAUUCUGCUAUAAAAGACUUUAAUGUAUAUAAAUCGUAUCUUCUUUUUUAUGGUCUAAUUGAUGGUCUCUAUAAGAAAAUGUUUAAGAAAGUUACUGUUACCGAAAAUGAAGAAUGGGCUGUUGUGCUUGCUGAUUUUAUUCGCCAGAAUGAUCAACCAUUGCUAGAAGCUGGUGAUAAUCUACUACGUUUCUUUGAAGAUGAUUUAGUCCCCGUUCAAUCUUUUGCUGAGUUCUGUGAUGUUCUGGAUCUUUUGCGAGACCUACCAGAUCCUACAUGUUUUCUGGAUAAUGUUCUUCUUUCUUUGGAUUCUCGUGACUAAUUAGAAUAUCUUUGUACUUUAUGUUUAAUUUGAUGUUUCGUCGUAGAAUAAUGUGCAUAAAAAUUAUUUACCAAAAUAAAAUUUUAGAAACUCAA